AUGAUAAAGGACUUGUCACAAAUCACCAUCGACAAUCCGGAAGCUAUGAAUAGCGUUUUAAAUGCGCUCAACAGCGUUCUUCAGGGAGGGAAUAACCACAGUAGUAUAGAUGGGAACUUGCCGAGCACUUCCGGCAUCACAUUUGGCAUUAUAGAAGCAGAAAAAUUCCAGGCUGUUGCAUCGAAGAUUACGACCAGCACUGUUGGGAAUGAGAUCUUCAUUGUGGGUGACAUUAGGCCAGGCUACCUUCAACGCCACCAUUCCACUUACAUGUUAAGUGAUGGUGAUAAAGUCGGCAUAGAUGGAGACUACUCUAGCAACAUGGAAGUGUCUUCUACACCUGGAUCUAAUCAAAAGAGUCUGCUUAGCACGAAAAAGUACACGUACAGGCUAGAGAACACAGUAGAGGUGAUCGCUACCUCUAUACCGCCAACAACUGGUUAUCGUAUUCAACUGUGGAAUGCGAGUGCUAUUUCAUACACUACUCAGAAACAAGAGCAGACGAACACCAGCAUCACCGCUUGGGUACCGAUCACUGAUGCAUUGCUAGUGAUGGAGGAAUCUGUCGAUGUUCUGGAAGCGAUGGUGUUAGGAUUGACGUACCGAGGAAAAAGUUUGUCCUUCAAAGUAGAAUUUGAAGGAACCGAAUACCUUGCGAAGUACAAUAACGGAUCUGUGAAACUCAUGGGCGUAACCAAUGACACUAUGAUGGUGUUCUACUCAGCCGCCCGCUCUGUAAGCACGGCCGAUGGAAGACUCAGCGAUGAGUUGGACAAUAUUCUCAAUGAGCUUGUGAUAAUUGAAAGUGUAGAUAGAAGUAGUCUCAGCAAAACUACAUGGCCAGAACUCUCGCUCAUCCCAUUCGAAAACAGUUCUCUUGGUGCAGUUGUCACCUUUGAAGACAUGACUGCUCUUCCCAUUACCCCGAUGUUAGACGUUCUAAACACAACAGUUUUGACUGUGGCCUCAGGUGAAUUUGACAGUAUGGAGAGCCUUGAAAACGGCCUAACCAUGCAACCUGUUCCAAUCCAUGUCUCCGGCACUGUUAAAAUGUCAAAUGGGAUGGACGUAACCCUGAAAGAUUCCGUUCUACAGGGUUCUGUACAUUACUUAACUAUUAAAGAGAAUGAUCUGACGCUCACUAUUGAGGAUGCAAAAUGGGAACUUUCAUCUCCAUCUUCGAAAGUUUUUAUGAUAAAAGUGAUUUCUGGAAGGUACAAUCACAAUUACAAGAAGAACAUCAGAACUAUUUUGUACUUGGAUAAUGAUCCUGUCAUAGUAGAAGGUGGAAAGCUCUUUCGCAAUCAAACGGACGGAUAUGUGAUUAAAGGAGGCAAAAUUUCUGGCUACACCGCUUCUGCUUCCAGCGGACAGUCACAGAGCCUCAUAAAUCAAGAAACCCAGGAAUUGGUGCUAAAUAUUCUCGAAAGUACCACAGACUACAUGCGAGAAAAUGGAACAUAUAUGUCUUCUGAACAAAUGCAGGAAACAGCAGAGAACGUUCUCAAUGUGGUCAGCUCUGUAAUAGAGUCAGUUAAGAGCACUUUAAAUAAGCCUCUGUGGAGUGAUUUGCAGAAGAAUUUGAAUAGUGAGAAGGAAAAUUACGACUCGAUUUUCAACGUAAUUCCGGAUGACAUCGCCAAUAUUCGUUAUGUGGAGGACUACACUGAAGAAGAAUGGGCAGAGGAGGCCACUAAGCUCGUUCAACAAUCCAUCGGGAGAAAGAUGGCCGCACAAAUACAGGAAGCAAUGAGCGUUUUGGAGGACACAUUCGCCAAUCGAGCCAUUAAUAACGGCGAAAUACCCUACAGUAACACGGUAAGUGCGAAUGGCAACACUAUGGUAGUGAUGAUUGGAAAUUCUGAAUAUCUAUUCAAGAAUCCCCUUCAUUGUGAUAAAUGGACGGUGAAAUUCCCAGAAUCAAUUUCCGACUUAGGAGUUGACAAUCUAACUGGCACAAAUGACUACCGCUUGGGCAUGUGGUGUUACGAAGAGAAUCCGUUCAUGUACACGCCCAACUUCGACGUCCUCAUCACUUCAGGGGCUUUAGAGCUACAUCUUAAAUAUCUGGACGGAAAUUCAAUUCUGGUCAACAAUACACAUAAAACAAUCAAUAUUACUGGAGAAGCAGCUACGUAUCCUGGACUAGGAGUAGACACAAUGGCUACUGAGUUCGAGAGUUAUCAAAUACUCGACAUCCACACCUUCCAAACCGUCGCCUGGAAUGUCUCACUUUUUCUUGAGAUCCGUCCAACAUCGACAGUAAAUCUCACAGGCCGUGACGCUUACGUCUUUCUAGCAUACCAACGCCUGCCUGGUCCGAUCGAGCAUGAUCACGAUCAUAUGAUGCGAAUAAAGUAUCCACAUGAUACAAACUUCAUGUAUGUGCCGGGAACAGUUCUCCGCAAUCAAACGGGGCUCUUCUACAUUGGCAUCGGAGUGGUGGAUAACAGCGGGAAAAAUUGCGUCGAAUUCCCACCUCCUUCGGGAGUAAUGACAGGAAACUACUGUUUUAUGCAAAAUAUUCGAUUUGAUGUUUACGCGCGAGCACUGACGAAAGGUUGUUAUCACUAUGACAGUUCCCGUGAUCGCUUCAUUAAUGUGCACGAUGUGGUUGGCCCAUACCAUGGCGAUGUUAUUGUUCAAUGUUUAACAAACCACCUCAGCACGUUUUCGCUGGGCCUCUUCACUCCUGAUGUCGACAUCGACUUUUCGUUCGAAUACGUAAAUGAGCAUAGAGAGCAAAACAUCACUUCUUCGAUGAUUGUUAUCGUUAUGACAGUUCAUAUGCUGUUUGUCAUGAUUUUGGUGAUGGAUUGCGAAAUGAGGGAAGUUGACAAGGGCGACCUCUACAAUAUGGCUGACAACAGUAAAGCUGAUCUUUACCACUAUGUCGUGGCUACCGAGACUGGCUACCGCAUGUGCGCAGGAACCGAUUCGAAGGUCUACAUUACUCUGUACGGAACAGAGGCAGAUGAGAUGGCGCGUGAGUUGAGCACAAACCACAUCGCUAAGAACUCGUCUUUGUUCAACUGGGGAACGACGCCAAGAUUCCUCCUCAGAACUCCCUGGAGCCUCGGUGAUAUACGAUACAUAAGAAUUUGGGUAGACAAUUCCGGUCGAGGAAAUAGAGAAUCAUGGUUUUGCAAUCGCGUCUUUAUAAAAGACUUGCACACCGGUUCGAUCUAUCGAUUUCCAAUCCAUGACUGGCUUGGUCAGUGCAUGGGUGACGGAGCGUCAGAGAGACUUUCACCAGCAGAAGAAAAAGUCAGUGCUAUGUACGAUUCGAUGAGCAUUCACAUCCUCGCGGAAACUAUCUCCUACAUAGCUAUGUACACGGGUGGUGGUCUUCGUACUCGACGUCGAAUAUCUCGCUGUUCCCACGCUGCGUCCAUCUUGGUUGGCCAGUACGUUGUCUGCCUGGUAAACUGGGCGAUCUGCUCUGCUGAAGACUUCGUCGGAUAUAAUGAUUACCAGAACACACUUUUUGGAUACAAAUUCAGCGCCCGAGAUGUUAUUUACGCUAUCCUCCUCGCAGUCAUCAUUCUACCUUUCACCUCGCUUCUGCCAUAUAUGAAAUCGAACAUUCCAUCGUAUGAAGAGGUGGUUGAAAUGGAUUUGGCUAAACGUCGCAAUCCUAAUGUGGAACUACCAUCUUGUUGGCCGUCAUGGUUAAGAGAAGUGCUACAGCUGCUACUUACAUGGGUUUUAAUACUGUUGUUUAUCUGUUCCGUUUCGGCCGCAUGCUCCUUAGCUGAAGAUGAUUCAGUCGCUUUUACACGGCGCUACUUCAUAGCACUGUUUCUAUGGAUAAUCGUAACAGAACCAAUUAAAGGCGUCGUUCUCGCUUUCUUUAUUCUGAAAUGGUAUCCCAGCCAUUUUCUUACCUGUGAACUGGACGAGGCCAUUCUUCCGCUCAGCUGCGCUUCCAAUCUUCAGCCUGCUCCUGAGUGUAUGAGAAAUGAUUUGGUCGGCACAACCGAGUCGGACCUGAGGCAGCUCCAAGACAAUAAAGACAAGAAAACAAGUGAGGAGUUGUUCUUCGAAACAACUCGUGGCGUGGCAGCCCUUUUGGCGGCGCAGGUCAUCAUCAUGGGUCUCCUCUUCUACUACCGUGACAGUAAUGCUUUUCACUACCAACGAGAGAUAAAAUCACUGCUGAACCUCGAAGCAUCUUCGCAUAGUUCUCUUGCCUUCGAAUCAAUCAAUCAAAUCGAUCAGUUCUGGGAAUGGGCUCGGAAGAGCCUUGCUCCCGCUCUUCUCGCUUCUUGGUACGAUGGCGGUCCGGCAUGGGCGAUGCGCGGGUUCGCGAAUGACAUGGUUUCUCGAGCGAUGGGAAUUGGGCAUAUUCGUCAGAUCCGAACUCUUCCAAUGUCUCAUUGUGAUACGGAGCCACAACUCGCUCAGUACUUUACAAAUUGCAGCGCAGAUAUCUCGUCCAGCAACGAAGAUCACACUUCACAGUAUGCUGCCAGUUGGACACCUUACGUCGAAAUUCAGGGAAAAGAACCACUUGAAGAAUAUCGGUACAAGAGUGCCGAAGAACUGCAAAGUACUCCUGCCGAAGGUCUACUUCAUGUUUAUCCUGGAGGAGGGUACACCGUUCUGCUGAAAGGUGCUCCUAUAGAUAUAAUACUCAACCUGGAUCGCCUUCAACGAGAAAACUGGAUUGAUAUGAACACACGAGCAAUUUUCGUUGAACUGUCAAUGUAUAACGCCCAAGUGAAUUAUUUUUCGGUGAUACAGCUGAUGAUCGAAAUCCCUGCUGAAGGGUAUCUUCUUCCGUCUGCUUGGGUGGAAUCGGUUAGGUUGAUCAAAUACCAGGGUAAAGAUGCGGAUAUUAUAAUAUUCUUCGAGUUCGCGUACCUUGCUCUCGUUUUCUUUUAUUUUCUGAGAAACUCUUUCAUCUACAUCACUAAUGUGGUCAACACGAUCAAAUCUCAUCCACCCAUAAAACGAAAAACGCACCUGGUUUUGUACAUCCUUCUUGGGAGAUUUUGGGACUUUAUCGAUUUCUUGGUUGGUAUUCUGGGUAUAUGUUCCAUAAUAGCUUUCUUCCUUCGACAACAGUACAUCGAUCAGGCUCUCGAAAAUUUCGCUGCGAAUAAUGGAAACGCGUACAUCAAUCUCUCGACGCAGAGGAACAUGGAAUUGAUGUUCACAUUUUGUGUUGCCGGAGUUGCUUUCUUCAUUUCGUGCAAAAUGAUCAAAAUCCUACGAUUCAAUCGACGGAUUGCUAUCUUGGCUGACACCCUGAACUACGCCGGUGUCUCCAUCAUUGAUUUCGCAGUCGUCUUUUUCUUAAUCUUCUUCGCUUUCAACGUCACUCUCUACUGUCUUCUUUGGGACAAACUUCAAAGCUACAAGUCGGCCAUAGCCACCUUUGAGACGACUACUGCCGGAAUGUUGGGGAAGUUUGUCGUAGCUGAUAUGUUUCGCAUCAGCAUGCUAGCUUCAAUCAUUUUCAUGAUGUUCAUGUACACGGGCACAUUGUUCCUAAUCAACAUUUUCGUCAUGAUCGUUCUCUUCGAGUUCGAGCAGGUUCGCAACGACAGCUCGCGUCAGACGAACGAAUACGAGCUCAUUGAUCAUAUACAGACAAAGUUACUGCAUUCCGUUGGUAUGUAUGGACGAGAAAACCUACCUGCUUGCUAUGUACCAGACACCCUGAAGGAUUGCAAACAUCUGGAAAUCCUCACCGCUAAGACUGAGCUCCUCCUUCACAGAGUGCACAGAUGGCGAAUCGACGAUCAAAAUGAAAACAUUGUAUUAGCACCCCCGCGUGCGCAAGACAUCGCACCCAUGCUUUCCUUCUGA